CCGGUCCCGGUCGCCAUUUUGGGGGAAAGUUUGGGAUUUCUCUAGCAGUGACCGGGAAGAGGAGUCGUCGGAGUUGUUGGCGGGAGGGAAGCGGCGCCAGUGAAAGUUUGUUUUUGGUGGAAACGGGAACAAGAGGAGCGGGAGAGUGGGUGUCGGUGCCGGUCCGGGGGCCCCACCUCUCGGGGCGGGGAAACGAGGAGGUGGAGGAGGAGGGUCACUGGCGGCGGCGAAGGACUGCAACUCCACGGGGAGGCAAGAGAGCGCGAGCCCCGGAGCCUGUAACUGGCCUGACGGGGAGACAGCCAGAGAGUCGGCCUCGCUUUCAGGGUGGCAGAACGGAGGGGGGGGAGGCUGCCGCUUGCUGCAUCCCCUACAGAGGAGAGAGAGAGAGAGGACCCCCCCCCCCCCCCACUUUUCCCAAAAUAAAAACAACCCACACCCAGCAAAGGGAUCCACUGGAGGACCCUGAGUGUUAGGGGCAGAGACCAGGACAGUCCCUCUCAAGGUGAGCGGAGAGGAUCCACUCUCCCCAAUCGGUCUCCUGCAGUCACCUUGAACAAGUAGGACAAGCGAGCAGUGACCGGGCAAGAUAACCAGCAGAAACUGUCUGAUCAGAGAUACGGUAUUCCAGUCUGGGAAAGAAGAGAGAGUCAGGAUGAGGUGCUCCUGAGGCCAAUACUUUACAAACCGGUCAAUCCACUUCAGGAAGGAAGGAUUGACUUGUAUCGAAAAGAAACCAAAAGUGUCUCUUUCCUCUUUCUUAAACAAGCCUAAGCCUGUUUUGAAGGAAAAAAAUCGAUUGUCAGUGAAACUGAUUGCACUAAAUAUUUACACGUUUCCUGGAGUCGGAGCGAAAAGUUGGGAUCCGGUGUUUCCAGCAGAUUGUCAGGACCAUUUGAAAGCGCAGAAGAAAAGAUCCUGUCUCCUGAGACUCUUCGGAGGAUAAUUUAGAAUUGAGGGAAUUACUAACUGGGAGAUUUAACCUGUGAAGGAAAUCUGAAACAGGAGGAUGCCAGUUCGAAAGCAGGAUGCUCAGCGAGCUCUGAAGCUCCUGGAGAAUUACCGUGCCAAGCUCGGCAAGACUGAAGACCGUCAGCUCCGUGCCUCCAUCGAGCGAGUCAUCAAUAUAUUCCGCAGUAAUCUCUUUCAAGCAUUAAUAGAUAUUCAGGAAUUUUAUGAGGUUUCAUUGCUGGAUAAUCAACCGGUUCUUGCUCAAAAGACAACUGGCAUUGUUCCAGCAGUCCAUAAUUGGGAUAUUUCCAACCUUCCAAGCACAACUGUUACGUCGGAGGCAGUCACUGUUAGCCGUAGCCCUAGCACAGAGGAACUAUUCGUUCUCACCCUCUCUGGGAACUCGAGCUUUUGUUUUUGAAUUCUGCUAUUGGAUUUUGUUCGUCUUCUCCCCUCAGUUCUUGGGAUGCAGUCAACUUUGCAAUAAAGUAUUUACGUUCAGAAGACAAAAGUAACAAGGAACAAGAUGGACUAGAAUCAUGUAGACAAGGCAAAGUAGGGGUUGCAGGUUUCCUUCCCCUAAGUUGAGCCUGUAAAUUGUUUUAAUUAGUAAUUAACUCAUUUAAUUAUUAUUUGCUGAUCUUAAGUUUAUAUUGUGAAACUUUGUUGGGGUUUGAGCUCUCAACUUUUUGUGUAGCUAGGCUAUUACCCCCACCCCUAUCCUGACACCUCUGCUGCUGAAAGAGGAUGGUUGAAUAGAAAAUUCUGGUUUUGCUUCUUGGCUACAUGCUGCUCAUGAAAUUGAUACAUACCAGAUAUCUGGGAAAACGCUGACUGUGUUGCUAUGCUGAAAUGAGUUCUCACCCAAAUUUCUUCUCAUUUUGUAAAGUAAGGAACAGAGUUUUAUUGGUCUCCAGAAUGUUUCUCCAUGUUACAGACACUUCUUCCAUGCCAGCUUUUUUUCAUCUUCCCUGGUCGAUUUCUAUUGGACCCCAUCCCAACCCCUGUAAUUCCAGCCUGUGGUGAUCCUGAAAUCUCCCGGACCUUUAGCUUCCAAUUAUUCUUGAGUUAUCACUUAAGUUCCUGCCUCAAUGCAUAUGCGCAUUGUAUUUAUGUUAUUAUUAUUAUCUGGAGUGUUUUGCCACUUAGUUUUGCUUAAAUGACGAGUGGUACGCUCAGCUCUGUUUUUAGUUCAGACUUUUGAUCUGUCAAAAGCAAUUUCAAAGAAGUAGUAUACACGAUAUCGAGUUUUUAAUAGUUUAAUUCUAAUAUUUGAAAUCGAGCAGUUUAAUCUGUAGUAUUUAAUUCAACUGUAUAAAUUCGGUUUGACUGAAUAACACUCCUUGUAUGGACAUGUGAAUGCGGUCAACUGGAAAAUGUGAUCCAUGGACCUUUAAAUGCUCCAAUUGCAGAUCUAUUUUAUAAAUGGUCUUGCAUUUAUAUCGUACCUUUCACAACCUCUGGGCAUCCUAAAGUACUUUACAGCUAGCAAAAUACUUUUUGAAUAGUAGUUCUUGUGAGAUAGGAAACCUAACAACCAACUUGUGCAUUGCAAGCUCCCACGAACAUUGAUUUUAAUAAUGGCUGGACAGUGUGGUUUUGUAGUUUUGAUUGAGUGGUGAACAUUGGCCUACACACUGGAAAAAAAUAUCUUGCAUAUCUUUCAAAUUAGUGCCAUGGAUAUUUAAUGGCCAUUUGGAGAGAAAACAAGGUCUCUGUUUAUUAUCUCGCAUGAAGGAGUGCAUUUCCAUAAUACAGCACUUCCGCAAUGUUGCACUAAAAUAUCAACUUUGAUUUUGCUGCUUAAGCGCUGGAGUGGGACUUGAACCAUCACCUUAGGAUUCAAACAAGAAUAUUACCAGAUGAGCCACAGCUGACCCAUUGUAGAUUAUAGCAUUAGUAAUCAAUUAUCACUGUCAUUUUAAGCAGCAUUGAAUUAAUGUAAACUGUACUUCAGCUUAAAAGGUUUGAUCUUUUAGAAGUGUGGUAGUGGUGCCUAAGAAUACAGCAGGUGAUUUCAUUUUUACUUCCUCACCGUAUUAUAUUCUUAGUGGCUUAAGAGUGAAAUAUUUUUAUUUGUAUCGUCUUGAAUCAGUAUAUUUGUUGUGAUUUAAAAUUUAAUCAACCAGCAUAUAUCUAUAGAACUACAAUCUGAAACGUACUUAUACAAUCUAUUCUGACAGAGAGAGGAUCUUGCAUGUAUAAAGUACAUUUGCAUCCCAAAAUGCAUGUAACAAAUGAAAUAUUUUUAUGUUUAGUUCUCUCAAUAUGGGCAAGUGCAUCAGAAAAUAUGCAGACUUUGUUUGUGAAGUGCAAUAAAUGUGGAAGAAAA